UGCCUAUUACCCAUCAUGCCCUUCACCGGUGAUGAGCUUGUGUGUCCAAAGUUCCAGCCCAACAUCUUCGAUUCGUCACGCUGCCAUGAGUGCCUUCGUCUCAAGCACCUGCACACACACACACCUACACACACACCUGAGCAGGUGAAUCCUGUCAGCGAGAGCAGCAGCAGCAGAGAAGAGAAGGAACAGAGCACCAAGGAGGACUCUGAUGACGUGUCGCUGGUGAGUGGAGGCUCUCUGUGUAUCCUCAGUCCCGAGUGUGACCUUUACGUGUGUGACGGAGACGAAAGCGAAGACGAAGACGAACACACCUUUAACAGUCAGUGUGAAGGUGACUCAUCAUCCACUGGUUCUUUCAGUCCUGAAGAAGAGGAAGACUUCUUCUCUCUUCCUCAGAGCAGGAUGACACGUUUGGAUCCCCCACCACACCGGAACAAUCCACGCAUGUGGAUGGAGGAAGCACGGAAUCGAGACAGCUUCGCUCGCCGCUCCUCCGUCCCACAUGUGUCCCCUGUGAGUUCAAAGGUUGACCGAGAUCGAGAAAGUGGAUAUUUCUCUCUGGGUCGUGUGACUGGUGCUCGGACAUUAAGCGAUAAAAGUCCUUCUCCUCAUCGGCAUGCUGAACGUGGACAUCCUUUACCAAGCAACCAAACACCUGAGCCCAAAGCUGCCAUUCCAUUCAGAAAUCCAGACCUUGGCAUUCCUUCACAGAGAAGAACCUCUGAGAUCCAGAAUCCAGAUUUGGUGCCAGAGCCAUUGAACUCCUCUCCAGAACCUGUGGACCUCAGCAUCGAAGUUGAGGCUCAGGCAGGUCCGAGAUCUUUAAGUCCCACACCAUUCAAGCAGGCUGAAUCAUUGGCUGCAUCCCAAAAAAGAGGGUUCCGAGCACCAAAUUCAUCUUCCUCUCAAUUUGGAAAUUUCUUUUCCUCCAAACAAGACUCAGGCUUUUCCCGCUCUUCAUCUCCGUCCCGAAGUUCCUCCCCUUUCAAACGGACCGAGUCUGUCUCCUCGCUAUCGUCCCGUGGCUAUGGGGUGGACAGUGUUUCAGAGAGGCGAGAUCGACAAUCCAAAAGCCCCAAUCGGAAUUCCUUUGGCCAUCAAUCUGAAUCUGAAACCAUUCGGAAAAACUUCAGAACUUUUGCUAGCACAGUCAGUGCCGUCAGUAAUCUCACUAAGUCCAAGUCAAGCCCAUAUGCUGACCUGAGAGCCGGUUUACGGAAGACAGAGCCCACCAGUGGGCAGGGCACUAAAACCCGAAGUCCCUCCCCUGCAAGGCGGAGCCAUGAUGCAGCUGGCCAGUCACUUCUCCAGAAAACAGAAACAAAAAACUUUUCAAAUAGUCAGAAGAAAUGUGAAAGUCGGAACUCCUCACCAUCCAGGAAUAGCAGCCAGUCAAUUUUGCGUAAAGCGGUUGAAGGUUGGCGUAGCGCUUCACCUGUAAGAAAAGGCUAUGGGACUGCCAGCCAACCAGAAAAGAGUCUGGUUUCAAGUGGGCGGAGUCAUAGCAGCACUAGCUCCUCUCCUUCAAGAAGGAGCUUUGAGGCUAGCAGCCUAUCAAUGCAUAAAUCCGAGACCAAAACACACUCCCCCCCAUUAAGGUGGAGCUACGAUACACCUACUAAACAAUCAUCAUUGCAGAAAACUGGGUCAGACCGAUCUUCCCAUAGCCGAAGUCCCUCCCCCUCAAAGCGGGAUUAUGACCCUCCCAGCCAAUCACGUUUUCACAAAUCAGAGAAUAGCAAUUAUUCUGGAUCAAACCGAUCUUCCUAUAACCGAAGUCCCUCCCCUUCAAAGCGGGAUUAUGACCCUCCCAGCCAAUCACGUUUUCACAAAUCAGAGAAUAGCAAUUAUUCUGGAUCAAACCGAUCUUCCUAUAACCGAAGUCCCUCCCCUUCAAAGCGGGAUUAUGACCCUCCUGGCCAAUCACGUUUUCACAAAUCAGAGAAUAGCAAUUAUUCUGGAUCAAACCGUUCGUCCCAUAGCCAAAGUCCCUCCCCCUCAAAGCGGGAUUAUGACCCUCCCGGCCAAUCACGUUUUCACAAGUCAGAGAAUAGCAAUUAUUCUGGAUCAAAUCUUUCUUCCCAUAACCGAAGUCCCUACCCUUCAAAGCGGGAUUAUGACCCUCCCGGCCAAUCACUUUUUCACAAAUCAGAGAACAGCAAUUAUUCUGGAUCAAACCGUUCGUCCCAUAGCCGAAGUCCCUCCCCCUCAAAGCAGGAUUAUGACCCUCCUGGCCAAUCACUUUUCCGAUCAGAGCGCAGCAAUUGUUCUAAAAGUGGGCGGGGACCGAUUAUAUUACACAAAACCGUCAGUGAAUCCAGGAUUGAGUCUGCAUCCUACAUGGGGAAAUCAACUAACAGCAGCACAGCAGGAUCAUGGCAAGGCUCCACCCACUCUCUCCACAGCCCUCCAACAUCCCGUAACUCCUCUCCUUCCAGGAAGUGCAGCGAAAAAAAGCUGGCUGGUGUUCGGAAAUCUGCUCAUGUUUCCUGGAGUACCGGUGACAGGAGGCAGGGUCAGGAUAAUCAUAGCCCCUCCUCCAGGAACAGAAGCCCCUCCCCCUUAAUGAGAAACCACACUUCUUCUCAGAGCUCAAUAGAUUCAAUUAUGUCAAGCGGCUCAUCUGGUCUGAACAGAGAGGAAUAUGCCAUUAUGGCCGACCUUCCAAAGGUCAAGAGGGUCCUCCAGAGGGCAAGGCCAAACGAGAUGGAGGGAAUGGAGAGAGGAAACAGAGAAGAAACGUCAUUAUACAAACCUGCCAGCCACUCCCACACUAAACCCGCCCACAUCACCUGGGACGACAUGAUGGAUCAGCGAGGAAAUCCCUCCCCUACAUACACACCUUCACACACACAGGGAAAUAAGAUGGAGCAGGAGAAGAACGAGAGAGUUCAACAGCCUGAUCUGUUGAACUUUAAGAAGGGAUGGAUGUCCAAACUGGACGAAAGUGGAGAGUGGAAGAAGCACUGGUUUGUGCUGACGGAUGCUGGCCUGAAAUACUACAGAGACUCAGGAGCUGAGGAGAAAGACGAGUUGGAUGGAGAGAUAGAUCUCCGUUCGUGUUUGAAAGUCUCUGAGUUUAAUGUGGAGAAAAACUAUGGCUUUCAGAUACAGACGGCGAGUGGAGUGUUCACUCUCUCGGCUAUGACUGCGGGAAUCAGGAGGAACUGGAUUGAGGUUUUGAGGAAAAACAUCCGACCGAGCAGUACACCGGAUCUCACACAACUUCCAGACAGCACUACUGAUAAAGAAGACUCUCGUCACCAGUCGUCUCGCCGCCAGUCAGAAACCUCCUCCACUCCGGCCCCCACCCAGCGCAAAUUCGAUUACGUCGAGCUCUCUCCUGUAGCCACGCCCACUCAUUCUGCCCCAGCCAAUCAGAGAGAGGCAGGGGAAGGGCAGGUGCGUGAGCACGGCCAGGGACAGGAGGACAAGAGUCGAAACGCGCAGCGGGAGGCGGUGACAUCAUCACGCAAGUGGCCGGGGAAAACUCCGGAACAGAAACGUCUGGAGGAGGAGAUCGAGAGGAAGUGGGAGGAGUUUGAGCGCCUGCCUCUCAAACCGGUGGCGUCACUCUCUGCGUUGGGAUCGCUGCAGAGGGAGGUGGCAUCUCUGACGCAGCAGGCGGAGUGUGUGCGGGGUGAAGGGGGUGUGUGUGUGCGGGGGGGGGUGUGUGAGGGUGGGGUGUGUGUGUGUCGGUGUUGCAGUGUGAGUUUGGAGCAGAUGGAGAGCGCUCACAGACACGCGCUGGAGGAGCUGCAGAGGAAACACCAGCGUCAGACCUCAGAAAUGGAGAGAGAGAAGGAGAGACUGCUGAGCGAGGAGACUCAGGCCACGGCUCGCGCGAUGGAGGCUCUGAGAAAAGCUCAUAAAGAAGAACUGGAGAGAGAAGUGCAGAAAGCUAAACACCUUACAGCACAAACAGCAGAUACACACACUGUCCGAGAGCAGCAACAGCAGGAGCUCGUGGCUCUGAGGCGGGAGCUGGAAGGUUUAUCAGACCGUUACUCUCAGAAAUGCCUGGAACUGAACAGAGAACAACAGAACAACGGAGAGAAAGAACGACAGAUCAGCAUGAAGGAGAGCGAGAUGGAGCAACUGCGCAGAGAAAACCAGGAUCUUCAGUCUCGUUUAACAGAGGAGAUCCGGCGCAUGCGCUCGUUUGUCACAGGUCAGAGGUCAGAGGUCAUCCUCGACAGCAACCAGGGGAGAUCAGUGUGUGAACUGGAGGUGCUGCUCAGAGUGAAGCACAAUGAGGUGGAGUACUUGCACAAAGAGAUCAUGUGCUUAAGGAACGAAGUGCAGUUUCUCAACACGGAGAAGCAGAGUGUGUGUGUGCAGUAUCAGAACAUGUGUGAGGAGCUGAAGGUGAUGAAGGAGAGGAGUGAACGAGAGGUUCAGACCCUUCGAGAACAUCUGAGACUCGCCAUCGCCGCCCUGCAGGAGGAGCGGGGACUGCACAACAGCAUCUAACACACACACACACACACACGCGCACGGCUGGAAGAGAAGAACCAGCAGGACCGUGUGCCUUUUAUUUCUAUCGCGUCAGCCAAUCAGGAGCAGAGAUCUGGGUCAGCUGACUGGUUAUGAUACACUGGAUGGCUUAAAUUUGCAUCUGCACUUUUUUAUUUGUGUGUGUGUGUGUGUGUGUGUGUGUGUGUGUGUUUAAAAAAAAAACUGUAUGUGUGUGUGUGUGUGAGUCUUGCGAUCAUGAAUCUAAAACCUGGACUGAUAUGGAUUAUUUUCUCUCUGGGACCAAACACACACACACACACACACACACACAGAAGUGGGGGUUGGAGUAACGUCUCUAACACACCUGAAGCGGCUCUUCAUUCCCACUCUGUCUCUAACACACCCUCGUCCACGUCACCUACAUCACACAGGUGUGUCCCAAACCACACACCUGCUCUCUACAGGGACGCUCACCAGGUGGACAUGAGCAAGUAAAGCAUGGGGUGGAGCAAUCAGCUAACACACACACACACACUCACACACACUCACACACACACUCACUCACACACACACACACACACACACUCACACACACACACACACACUCAGAGGAGUCGGAAUGUUCAAAGACUGUGAAGUUCUAGAAUAUCUCUGAUCCCAGGAACCCGUAAAGGUUAUGGUGCGCUCAGUGAGAGUUCUCGAAUGCUAAACCUAGAAGGGUCCUAGAGUGGUCAGGAUGGAAGGGUUCUAGAUAUGCAGGUUAAAUAUACUCUAUCUGAAACGGUUCUAGAGUUCUUGACUGGGAAGGGUUCUAGAAUAUACAUCCAGCAAGGGUUAUGGAUCCCUCAAAAACAGUUCUAAAAUUCUAAACCUGGAAAGGUUCUAGAGUGGUCAAGAUGGAAGGUUUGUAGAUAUUCAGUCUGAAAGGGUUCUAGAAUACAGAACCAGGAAGGGUCGUGGACUGCUCAACUAGGCAGAGGUCUAGAAUGCUAAACCUGGAAGGGUUCUAGAGUCCUUGAACUAGAAGGUUUUCUAGAGUUCUUGACUGGGAAGGGUUGUGGACUGCUCAACUAGGCAGAGGUCUUGAAUGCUAAAGGGUUCUAGAAUACAGAACCAGAAAUGGUGUAGACUGCUCAAAUAGUUAAGGGCUCUAGAAUGCUAAACCUGAAAGAGUUCUCGACAGCUCAACCUUUACAAGUUAAGAGUUCUGUGUAAGUGUUAAACCAGGAAGUAUUGAGGCUGAAGAGUUCCAGAAUAUUCCACCAGUGAGACUCGUAGACCGCUUUAACCAGGCUGAGUGUUGUAACCUGCUCAGGCUGGAUAGGUUCUAGAUUAGUCCGAUGGAAAUGGUUCUAGAAUAACGCAAUCAGGAAGGGCUGUGGACUGCACGACUAUGUAAGGCUUCUACAAUCUUAAACAAAGCUGGAGAGCUUCUAAGAUACACAUCCAGGGAAGGUUGUAGCCUGUCCAUCUAAGUAAUGUUAAACCCAGAUGGGUUCUAGAAACCUAGAACCCCUCUAGAGUCUAGAGUGUUCUACCAGGAAAGGCUGUAACCUGCUCAACUAGGUUCUACAGGCUGUUGAGAAAAAUCCAAAAAAACGUGAUACAGAAGCUGAGAAAGCGUGAGGAGCGUGAGAGUGAAGAUGUAGAGCGUAUGCUGUAGAUAAUGAAGUUUCACUCUCAUUGGUCUCUUACUGUUCUGCUAAACCCGAGAGUGCUCUGGGCUCUAGAUUAUUCCACCUGAACGUUCUAGAUCAGGAAAGCACUGCUGUAGAAGUAAGGUAGACUUCUCCAGCGUUCGAGGUGGAAGGUUUCGAGAAGAAUCCAGCAGGGUUGUGGAUUGUGCUACCAGGCGAAGAUCUCGAAUAUUUAGUGUUGUAUUAAAACUCAAUCUGAACUCAGUGAAAUGUUACGGUUUUUACGGUGUUUUAUUGCAUGCGGUUACAGUUACAACAGCUGCAUCAUCUACUGUUUAAAGGAAACUGUUGUCUUGUUGUAGCAGUGCAUUCUGGGUAAGGCUGAUGUAAUAAAACACACACACACACACACACACACUCGUCCCAGAGAAGGUGUUAGAGUUAGGAACAGUAUCAGGACAAGGCCCCGCGGAGCGAGCAGUGAUUAUAGGGUGCGUUAGAGAGGUGUGUAAUGUAGGCUGAUGUGGGAUUAGUCAGUUCUGUAAACACGCACACACACACACACACGCACACACACGCACACACACGUGCGAGCCGUGUUCCGAUGGAGGAGCUGAUGUGAGGUCAGUGUUCGCCAGCAGACAGACCUGCAGUGCCACAGAGAUAACACACCAAAACAUUGCUUCAGUGAGCCAAAGUUACUUUAUGUUCUUUUGUAAGCUAAAACUGGACUUUGUCCUUAUGAACAUGUUUUUUUUUUUUUUUUAAUUUAAAGCAGUAUAUGUAAAAUAAUGAUGUUUCAUACUCAAUAUCAAUAAAAUGAUCAUUGUGUUUUACUUCA